AUGAAGUUGAAAUUCCCCAAGUUCUCUACCUGGGGGGAUAUUGUUGAAGAGAUAAAGGUAGAGAGCAUAAAAAGGGAUAAAACCGCUACAGAUAAAUUGCUACAAGAAACAAUUGAAAACCGCGAAGCAGAACUUGCCGCUCAGAAAGACUUUUAUACAAAUGCGCUAAAUGCUGCGAAGGAGGCUGAAGCACUAGCAGAGGCCCGUUCUGACAAUGAAGCUAGAACUGAACUAGAGAGUCAGUUAAGAGAGGCUGGAGAACGUGAAGCACUGCUUGUAGAGACACUUGAAGAGUUAAGACAAACCUUAAGCAGAAAGGAGCAGCAGGCUGUAUAUCAAGAAGACAUGCUUAGCAGGGACAUCGAAGAUCUUCAAAAACGUUAUCAGGCAACCAAAUGUCGGUGUGAGGAGUUGAUUGCACAAGUGCCUGAUUGUACGAGACCUCUUUUAAGGAAAAUUGAAGCCAUAAGAGCAGAAGCUUGUGCUGCUGUGGAGAGAUCUCUAAACUCUCGUCUGCAGGAAGCAGAGGCAAAAACUGCAGCUGCAGAAGAGAGAGAGCGAUCUGUGAAUGAACGCUUAUCACAAAUUAAUGUUCUUGAAGCUCAGGUUCAUCUUUAA